GGCCUAUGAGGCUCCAUGGCGACAGCAGGGACCUGUCCCGGGGGCGGGCUGCCUGGGCAGAGCCACGGCGCUCCGGGGGUCUCCGCAGUGGCGUCGCUGUGUUUGCCGCCGUGGCUGCGGUGUUCACCCUCACGCUGCCCCCGUCGGUGCCGGGGGGAGACUCGGGGGAACUGAUCACAGCCGCAUAUGAGCUUGGAGUUGCCCAUCCUCCUGGCUACCCUUUGUUCACUCUGGUGGCUAAACUGGCAAUCGUUCUGUUUCCUUUUGGCUCCAUUGCCUACCGAGUCAAUCUGCUCUGCGGCUUAUUUGGAGCAGUAGCUGCAUCGUUACUUUUUUUCACUGUUUUCAGGCUUUCUGGCUCAUAUGCUGGAGGAAUCCUUGCUGCGGGGGUGUUUUCAUUUUCUCGUCUAACAUGGCAGUGGUCCAUUGCAGCGGAGGUUUUUAGCUUAAACAAUCUGUUUGUGGGGCUGCUUAUGGCUCUUACUGUACAUUUUGAAGAGGCAGCAACUGCCGAAGAGAGAUCAAAGAUAGCUAAAAUUGGUGCCUUCUGCUGUGGCCUUAGCUUAUGUAAUCAGCACACAAUUGUACUCUAUAUUCUGUGCAUAAUACCUUGGAUUCUGUUUCGACUUUUAAAAGAGAAGGAGCUCUCACUGGGCUCUUUGCUGAAGUUGAGCCUGUGUUUCUCUGCUGGUCUGCUGCCCUACCUCCACCUUCCCGUCUCAUCCUACCUCAACCAAGCCCGCUGGACCUGGGGAGACCAGACAACAGUGCAAGGAUUUUUGACACAUUUUCUCAGGGAAGAAUAUGGAACAUUCAGUCUGGCAAAAUCUGAAGUGGGAUCCAGUAUGUCUAAGAUACUGCUCUCUCAAGUAACAAAUAUGAGGACAGAACUCUCAUUGAACAUCCAAGCUCUUGCAGUUUAUGCAAACGUAUGUUUACCAAAGAAGGAGAGACAGAAUCCAUCCUUAGUAUGGCUUUUUACUGGAAUGUUUUGCAUUUAUUCAUUGUUCUUUGCUUGGAGGGCCAAUUUAGAUAUCUCAAAACCACUUUUCAUGGGUGUGGUAGAACGAUUCUGGAUGCAGAGCAAUGCGGUGGUGGCUGUCCUUGCUGGUGUUGGCCUGGCUGCGCUUGUGUCUCAGAGUAACCGGGUACUGAACCACAGCCUCGGGCUCCAGUGUCUGGAGUGGCUUUCAGCACUGAUUUUUGUCAUUUACCAAAUAUAUUCUAAUUACAGCAUUUGUGACCAAAGGACCAAUUAUGUGAUUGAUAAAUUUGCAAAGAACCUUCUAGUCUCUAUGCCUCACAAUGCUAUUAUCUUACUCAGAGGAGAUUUGCCAGGAAACUCUCUCCGUUACAUGCAUUUCUGUGAGGGUUUGAGGCCAGAUAUUUCGUUAGUGGAUCAAGAAAUGAUGACUUAUGAAUGGUAUUUGCCCAAGAUGGCAAAGCACUUACCAGGUGUCAACUUUCCUGGGAAUCGGUGGAAUCCUGUGGAAGGAAUAUUACCUAGCGGGAUGGUCACAUUUAAUCUUUAUCAUUUUCUUGAAAUAAAUAAACAAAAACAAACCUUUGUUUGUAUAGGAAUUCAUGAAGGUGACCCCACCUGGAAGAAGAACUAUUCCCUUUGGCCCUGGGGCUCUUGUGACAAAUUAGUUCCUUCAGAGAUUGUAUUCGACCCUGAGGAAUGGAUCAAACUUACAAGAAAUAUCUAUAACUGGACUGAAGAAUAUGGACGGUUUGAUCCCUCUUCUUGGGAAUCUGUGGCCAAUGAAGAAAUGUGGCAAGCAAGGAUGAAAACGGCAUUCUUCAUCUUCAACCUGGCAGAAACCGUCAAUAUGCCUUCAAAUGUGAAAACUCAGCUCUACACGCAUGCGUAUAACCUUUAUAAGGAGAUUGUCUACGUACAAAAGGCACACCCUGUGAAUUGGCACAAGAACUAUGCCAUUGCCUGUGAGCGGAUGCUGCGUCUUCAGGACAGGGGUGCAGACCCCGAAGUCCUGUUAUCUGAGACCAUCAGACAUUUCCGACUGUACACUCAGAAGGAGCGGACUGACCCCCAGCUGGCUGAUAUUUCAGUUGCUCUGAAGCACCUAAGAAAAGAACUGCAAAGUCUGAGAAACAGGAAAAGUGUGUGAGGCAGCAAAAUGGUGAAAAACCUGCCUGUCCUUCAACUUCCAAAUUUCUAGAGUCUAAAACUUCCUCCUCCAGGAAAAGAAACCAUAUAAAAAUGGAAAAGCGAAGUCAUCUCCCAGCUCUAAGGGAAGCGACAUGGGACAGUAGCACUGUUUAAUGAAGUGUUUAGUGACUGAGAUGUGCUAUUUAGACAAAAUUCCCUUCAUCCCCUGUUAGCAAAUUAGCAUUUCAGUGAGGAGCUUUGGUAAAACCUUUCCACUUCCAAAGUCUUUUCCCUAAGUGACAGUGCUUGAUUAGAUUCUAGAAGGGAAUGAGCUGUUUUCAUAUGCUUAAAAUAGUGACCGUGAAUCUUUUAAGGACCCUGCUUAUGGUAUUCCCUUUUGAAGGUUAAUUCAAAAAGUAUCAGUAAUACCCAACCAAAGAUCUUUUCCACACAGGCAAAGUAGUAUUUUUUUUUAAGAAUGAAUCUUGCUAUGCUUCAAUUUCAGAUACUUCCCCCCUCCUUUUGAUUAACCAUGGUUGUUACAUAAUCUCAUAUUCCAAGCUAAACCCCAUUGGAUGAUAAUUUGAAAAUAGUUUAUAUUUCACAGUCUUAGAUAAUUCUUUGGAAUCACCAAAAAUAGGCAAGUUCAUUUGAUGUUUGUGGAUUUCAGCUUCAUGGACUUCAUGGCAAGUAAAAAGGAUUUUACAUUUUCCUUAAUUAAUGUUAUAUUUCUGUUUUACUUCUAUUUGAAAGUCUGGGCCCAAUAAUUAAUAGGCUCCUACUGCCAAAAUGAAAAAAGAAGAAGGGGAAAAAAAAGGAGGGGGAGGGAUGGGAUUCAGGGAGGGUGGGGAAGUGGUUCAAUAAAUCCAUUUCUGUUACAAGCAUCUUUUAUACAUAUUACUAAAGAGAACAUAGUAAGAAAUGCAAAUAAUAGUUCUUUAUUUUAUUAUGACAGUUAAUUAAUAGCAACCUGUUUUAAUGAAUAAAGUCACUCAGAGUCCUUCAGCACUUCCUAAGUAGAGGCCCAAAUCUGUAGGGAUUCUUUUCCCCCCAAUUGUACGGCUCCUAGACUCCAAGCACUAUAUAGGCCCCUGUAUAGAAAUGCUCACUAAUGAAGAGGGAGGGCUAGAAGCUUGUCUGCAUUCAAAGAUCACUGGUGAGUCAUUCAGCAAGAAAAGGCCCCUUACCAGGAAUAGUCACAGUUCCGUGGCAUUGUACUAGCAAAAGGGGCUGAUCAAAGGGCUCCCGGGGCGCAAGCAUGGUUCCCUUUCAGACUACGACCAUAAUUAAAACCACUAAUUCUCUUUUAAAAUGCUGCAGGAUGCCAUGUAGGCAUCUGUCUGGAGUGUCCUUUGUGAUGUCAUAAGCUGUUAAGGACCAGUGCCAAGGGCUUUUGAGUGAAAUGCCAGUCAUGAAGGUGCUUCAAGACAAGGGUGCCUCUAAAAGCUUGACAGGGCCUUGACUGCACAAUUCGGGCUGAAUUUGCCCCUUGUCAGCUGCCAGUAAAUAAAUCUCAAAGGGGGAAAAGCUGAAGUUUCAUUACCUGAUCCGUGGGGCUUUGUUGGUUUUGGCAUCACACAGGGGAAGCUCUUGCCCCCCCAUUCUCUGGAUUUGAAGAUGUCCAUUGGAGCCUGCAGGGCCUGGACAGGGUUCAGAGCGGAACCUUUUGAAGAGUGUCAAUAGUUGUAACAGUUCAGCUGUUAGGAAGACAAAUAAAUGGAGGAGCUCAUUAAUCCGCUUUUGGCUCUCCGUGCCUUUUGCCCUUUUAUCACAGCCUUAUUAGGCUCCUACUCAUCUUGAACCAGAAAAAAAAAAUGAAUUGGAGUUGUCGAGUACUAAUUGGCAAAGACUUUUAAUCAUGGGCCAAGAACUUUCACUGACUUGAAAGUAACUUCUCCACAGGGAAGAACCAGAAACCUGGUUUACCUUAAAACAAAAACCUGUUGAAGUUCGGUGUGGCGUAAAAAUUUAAGGAAGCGUUGAUAAGAUGUCUAAGUUUAUCCACUGGAGAGAAAUCAUGUAAGAGUAUGAUUUUUCACUUUCUCUUUUAAAAAAAAUCCAAAAGGAAAAUAAAAU